UCUCUAUAUUCGGUUAGAUAUAAAUACAUACACAAAGUUCAAGCUUUUGGAUAGAAACACACACAAUAUACAACGUAGUAAUAAAAAAGACGUUUUUUAUGAGAGCUAUUAUACACAAACUUUGCCCAUUCUUAAAUACAAAAACACCAACAGUCAGAGUUAACAGUUUCAGAGUCUCUGCCUCAACCAGAAAUAUCACCAUGUCUGAAUCAGAUCAAGCUCCUCCUUUUGACAAUCCCAGAUUGGUGGUCAAGAAGGUUCAAGCCAAACUUCAACAAGAGGGUGAUGGUGCUGUUGUUAGAAGAGGCAUUGGAAGGACUGACUUGAAGAAUUUGGAUCCUUUUCUUAUGUUGGACGAUUUUUCAGUGACUCCUCCCGCUGGAUUUCCAGAUCAUCCACACAGAGGUUUUGAGACUGUCACAUACAUGUUAGAGGGAGGCAUUACUCAUCAAGAUUUUGCAGGCCAUAAGGGUACAAUUGGACCCGGUGAUGUGCAGUGGAUGACAGCAGGUAGAGGAAUUAUCCACUCUGAAAUGCCUGCAGGAGGAGAAACUUCAAAGGGAUUACAGCUUUGGAUCAAUUUAUCCUCCAAAGACAAAAUGAUUGAACCAAGGUAUCAGGAACUUCUAAGGGGGGACAUAGAAAGGGCAGAGAAAGACGGAGUUGAGGUCCGAAUUAUAGCAGGAGAAUCUAUGGGAGUCCAAUCUCCGGUUUACACUCGAACUCCAGCAAUGUUCCUAGAUUUCACUUUAAAACCAAGAGCUCAAAUGCAUCAGAGUAUCCCAGAAUCAUGGAAUUCCUUUGUAUAUAUAAUUGAAGGUGAAGGGGUAUUUGGCAUCCCAAACUCAUCUCCAGUGGCAGCUCACCAUGUCCUGGUUUUGGGUCCUGGAGAUGGUCUAAGUGUGUGGAAUAGGUCUUCAAAGGCAUUGAGAUUUGUGUUGAUUGCAGGGCAGCCACUUAAUGAACCGGUAGUGCAGUAUGGGCCUUUUGUGAUGAACACACAAGCUGAAAUUGAUAGAACUAUUGAGGACUACCACUACAGCAAAAAUGGGUUUGAAAUGGCCAAGUACUGGAGAUCUCAAUAAUCUUUGAAGUACAGUCCAAGAGAAAAAUAAAUAAAUAAAAUAUCACCGUCAUUGUCACUUUCUUCAUCUGCAUACAAUCAAGCAGGAAAAAGAAAGAUUUUACACUCAUUGUAGCUAGAGCUUCUAGAACAUAUAAAAUGUAGCUGGAGCAAAUGUGGUUAUGACUAAAGUAUGAUGGGUCAGCUUAUCUUCGUUAA